GAUAGCAGACCUUGCAUCUAUUACUGUUCAGUUUUUUUAUCUUACGAACUUCUCCUUUCAAAAGCAGUUUCUAGGAGAAGUGAAUUUCCAAGCUUUGGAAAUCAAUUCCACAAGAGUUCCCCUGAAAACCCAUUAAUAAGUGAGAAAAAAUGAAGCAACCACCUUGUUUGCCGAUCAUUGUCGUCCUUCUUGCGAUUUAUUCUGCGCCUUCUUAUGAACAAGAGACAACUACCAUUGAAGGCAUUAACUGCGGAGACGGCUCAGAUAUCGAGUUUACACUCGUCAUCCCUGAUUUCGAUAAGUGGAGUGACGCCGAUGCAGCCACAUGGGAGUUGAAACAUAGCGGCCUGGCUCCGAACACGGACUGUCAGCCAUCAUUUACAUCUGUAGCAGGCAAAGUGAAAUAUGGUGUGUUCAGCGCCGAUGUUUGCAUGAACUCAUUGACAGAGAACGCCGACGGAAUUACUUUGGACUACGAGUUUAAGAUCGAAGUUAGUGCCUCUGGUAGUCCGACUUUUCAGUAUGACCACGAUUACACGAUAACAUGUACAUAUAACAGGGAAAAACAGGGUCUUCAGGCCAGCUUCCUACCUCAACAUUCAAUCACUGAAACUGGCACCGGUGUUGUGUUGAAAAGGUUUGAUAAAUUCACAGAUCAUGUCAAAGACGAGGGUUAUAUUCGAAAAAAAACCAAAAAAAACGGCAGUGGCAGUUAG